GUUUAACUCGUGGAUAUAACACCUUUAAUUAAUGACAGUAUAAGUCAAUCAAGCUGUUGCCCGACAUACCGGAACCGGGUUCCCAGCCCGCCCUUCGUGGGGACAGCCCCAUUAGGGUUCAAGUCAUGGAGAGCACAAAGACCCAGAACGUUACAGUGGAGGAGUUGCUUGAGGAUCGGGAUCCGAAUAAUUUAAAUCAACAUGUUCAGUUAUUAUGGGAUGAUGUAAUCGGGGAACCUGAAGGCGGUAGAAGUCCUGAAAGCGCGUGGCGGGUUAGCAGGUUUUGCUUCAAACAAUCGCGGCGAUGCUGCUACACUGUGCUUUCUAUACUCCUUGCACCUCCUUGUGCCCUGGUACUAGGAUGCGGAUUUGCAUGCCUUGCUUUUGAGCAAAUAUGGUGCGCGACGCCAGGUUUGCGAUGCUUGAGAGUGUAUUGCUUCUCAAUAAGGUCUCUUUGUCAAUCACUUUUGGCUGCAACUGUCACUCCAACCAUGGAAUCUAUCGGCCAUCUCUGUAAACAUAUCAGAGUUAAUAUGAGAAAAGACGCGCCUGAAGAAAAGGAUCUACUUAUAAUAUAAAUUGAACUAACCCAUUUUCCAUUAUUUUACGAAUUACAAAAUUUUAAUUACACUGUAAAAAGCUUUAAGAAAAAAAUCAACUAUA